GGACGUGAGUUCGGAGCAGAUUCAGGAUCAGCCCUGCAUGCUGUCUUUCUUCUGGAGGAACAGAAGUGAGACACCGGAGCCGCUAAAGGCAGACGUUUCAGGAUCCAUCCCAACAUGGCUUCAAGGGACACUUCUGCGCAAUGGUCCUGGUCUGUUCUCAGUUGGCGACACUUCAUACAAGCAUUGGUUUGAUGGGAUGGCUCUCCUUCACAGUUUCACCUUUAAAGAUGGUGGCGUAUCUUACAAGAGCAAAUUCUUGAAGAGUGAAACGUUCAAAAAGAACACGGCUGCUAAGAGGAUCGUAGUAACUGAAUUUGGAACCAUGGCCUACCCAGAUCCUUGCAAGAACAUAUUUGCCAAAAGCUUCAGUUACCUGUUGAACGCCAUCCCGGAUUUUACAGACAAUAAUCUCAUUAACAUCAUAAGAUAUGGUGAAGAUUAUUACGCUUCGUCAGAGGUGAACUACAUUAAUCAGAUUGAUCCAUUGACCCUUGACACUUUAGGAAGGACUAACUACAGAAACCACAUUGCUCUGAACCUGGCAACGGCACACCCGCACUAUGAUGAUGAUGGGAACACGUACAACAUUGGUACGGCCAUCAUUGGCUUCGGCAGUCCGAAAUGUGUUAUUUUCAAGGUGCCUGCCAAUGCUUCAGAAAAGGGGAUGAUUAAACCAGCACUGGAGAAGGUGGAGCAAAUUUGUUCCAUUCCCUUCCGCUCCACCCUGUUCCCUAGCUACUUCCACAGCUUCGGCCUGACGGAGAACUACAUCAUCUUUGUGGAGCAGGCCUUCAAACUGGAUAUACUGAAACUGGCCACAGCUUACUACAGAAACGUCAACUGGGGCAGUUGCCUAAAAUUCGACAAAGAUGAUGUUACCCUAAUCCAUCUGGUGAAUAGAAAAACUGGGAAUGUGUUAAGCACAAAGUACUAUGCAGAUGCCUUUGUGACUUUCCAUCACAUCAAUGCUUAUGAGGAGGACGGCCAUGUUGUUUUUGACUUGAUCACAUACAAGGACAGCAAUCUGUACGAUAUGUUCUAUAUAAAAAACAUGCAGAAGGGUAUUAACAAGUUCAUAGAAACCAACAAAGAUUUUUCACCACCAUCAUGCCAGCGGUUUGUCCUUCCUAUCAACAUAGACAAGGAAACCCCACCAGACACCAACAUGGUAAAAUUAAAAGACACAACAGCCACAGCAGUGCUGAGGAAGGACGGAUCAUUGUAUUGCACAUAUGACACUCUUUUUGAGGGUUUAGAAUUACCAGGCAUCAACUACAAAUACAACACUAAGAAGUACAGGUACUUCUAUGGAUCCCGGGUCGAGUGGUCACCGUAUCCAAACAAGCUGGCAAAAGUUGAUAUAGUCACCAGAAAACAUAUCGAGUGGGUGGAUGAAGAUGGUUACCCAUCAGAACCAGUGUUUGUUGCCUCUCCAAAUGCUGUUGAGGAAGAUGAUGGUGUUAUUCUUUCUUCUGUGGUUUCGCUUAACCCUCAAAAGCCACCUUUCCUUCUGGUCCUUGAUGCCAAGUCCUUUACAGAGAUCGCCCGGGCUUCAAUUAAUGCCUCGGUUCAUAUGGACCUGCAUGGAUUAUUCAUUCGUGACACAUCCACCUAAUAUUGUGCUAAAAAUACACCACAGCCAGAUAAAAGCUGUUUUAUCUGGUUUUAUCUUCUGUGAUAUGCCAUACAGCAAGACAAAAUUUACAUUGUUAUCUUGUUAAGUGAGUUUUUUUUUAUUGUAAUUUUUUUGUAAUUUUGUAUUCACCCUUUAAAAGGUGAAAGUACUAUAUUUAAAGGGGCCAUUUUGCGCUAAUAUGUGUUUUUCUGUAUUAAAAGUUGCCCAUGCAUGUAUUAGAAACGUAAAAUUUAAGUGUCGGAACAUAUGCUGCAUUCUAUCUAAAAGCGAAUCCUCACCCAGACCUGCCUAAAACGCCUCGUGUAACCACACCCCCACAAAUCCACGUCAGUUCGUUGAACCUGAUGUUCGAAAUAUGGUAAGAGGCGUUACAUUUCCAUCACACGCUUGCAGUAUUUGACCAAUCACUACGCACUGGUUAAAUGGCCAAUCAUAACACAAUGCUUUUCAGAGUAAUGAGCUUUGAUAUAGAGAGGUUGGGCAAAGAGGAGAUACAAACAUGCACGGUAUGAGUAAAAUACAGCAUUUUUGGACCUUAAAGCGUGUAUACACAGAUAUGAUUUUAAUAUGAGUUCCGAUAGAACACCAGAGUCAUGAGGUUAAACCCAGGAAGGCACUUCAUGAUAAGUUAUAUUAAGACAUAUGAAUGUAAACCUUAAAUGCACUUAUUCGCUUAGGUAAUAGUUCAUUGCAACUAAGGAAAAGAAUCAAUGUCUGUAAAACAUAUUAUUUAGCUUGAUAAUGUAGAUCAUUGUAUCUUUUGAACUGUAUGAUAACAUACUUACUCGUCAGCCUCUACAAUAUGUAUUCUUUCAUUUUAAUGAAUUACAGAUUCAUUAUUUAAAAAAAUUUAGACAUUUC